AUGCCUGUCACGCGGAAGUCUGACGUGAAAGGAGGUGGUGGCGACAUUCGUGGGACGAAAACAUUUGAUCGGAGAAAACAGAGUAGUAGGAACCCUUCGAUUCCUGGUGCUUCGGCUGCUGGGACAACUGCCCCGUCGGGUGGUGGUGAUACUGCUGGGACGCACGAAGAUGAUGACGCACUUGCCGCAUUCUUUCAAGAAGUAAAACAGGAUGAAGCAGCAAUUUCUCAAGAUAUUCGGAAAGCAAGCAUAAUUCUUGGACAGAAGUUUUUCAAAUUGGGACCGGAUUUCAUCGAUGAAGAUUUCCUAGAAUGUACUCCUGUGCCGCUGUAUGAGCAAAUGAUUCCUGUACUUGACUAUGAUUCCUACUUGGACAAAUCAGACGACCUUGUGCAAGUUACUCCAAUAAGACCUCAAACAUUCAGUGCAUUAUUUGCAUUUUAUCGUGAUCGAGGUCCGGCUCUGAAUUGGGAUCCAAGUUUAACUGAUUUAGAAGAAGAUUGCUUUUUCCAGGAAGUUAUCAAUUUUCCAACCAGCAAAUUGGCGUAUAUUUUACCACGGGAAAGGAAAAAGGACCGCGUGAAAAAGAGACGAGUCAAGAUAUUUAAGCCGAAUGGAGAUUUCGUAGUUAAAACAAGACUCUAUAUUGACCUAGUGGAAACACCGACAAUAUUUCUUAUUGAGAUUGUGGGUUCUUGGGUCCCUGAAAAUGAUGCUAACAUUGAUGCAAUUAAAGAAAGAAAUGACAAAUAUGACGAGGUGAUUCAACGCCACUCCGUGCCUGCAACUGCGUCAUUGGCUCAUGAUUACAGCCAAACUUUUGAAAGUUACAAAUUGAGCGAGUACACAGACUACAAAAUUCAAGGAUGUGCAGAUAUUGGGACAGAAUGCCACAUGUACUACAUUGAAGACGAGUACAGACGAGUUGCUGCAGAGGAAAUUAAGAGAAAGAUUCGUGAAAAUGAAGAGCAACAGGCAAGAUUGGCUACCGAGAAAGCUCUUCAAGAUGCCCCAGAAGUCAAGAACUCGGAUGAGGAUUCCUCUGGGGAUGAGGAGGACACCACCGUUCGAGUUGACCUCUCACUUUACAAGGAUGACGAAGACAGGGAUGAGGAGAAGCAGAUAUUGAUAGAUGAAGCAAGUGCGGAUGAAAUACCAAUGAGCAGCGACGAUGACGAUGAGUUUGAAAUCCGUCUCCCCUUACAAACUAUUUAUGACCGGAAACGUCACCACAAUAAGCAUCGCGGGCUGCGGAUGUAUCCGGACAUAAGUUUCUCCAUAAUUGCACUGGAACGAAUUAUUUGUAUGGAUUCACAACAGGAAAACCAAGCAGACAUGAGAGGGUUCACUCAAGAAGAGGUCAAAAUAGUGAUUGGACCUGCAGUGGAAGAGGCGGUCGGCGAUGCUGUCGAUGAAGACGUCAUGGUCGACCUUCUCAUUCAGCAACACAGAAUGCAAGAGCAGCUGGAGAAACCCGAGGGUGACCAAGGGGGACAUGAAGCAGGAGAGAUUACGGAGGCAGACAUUCUCCGGAUGCAAGCGGAAGUUGAGGCUGUCGAGGAGGGUGCAGACGAGGAUGCAGAGAUGGCUGGUGGAGGCAAGAACGCUGCCUCGAAAGUGGAGGAACCCACGAUCACUGCCACCACCGUUGAGGACGAUGAGAAGGACGCCUUUGACUUGGCUCUGGACGAUGGUGCCAUAAUGGAACAUGAUGAUGAUGGUAUGGUCGCGCUUUUGGACGAGCAGGGUGGAAAUCGGCAAGGUGGCGGAGGACAAGAUACUGAAGAUCGCAGCGGGUAUUUAGAGCGUUUCGGCGCGGAUGAUUACGACAGUAUGAGCAGUCGUCUCUCUGGUGAACGAGGAGGACAAGUUGUUCUUGGGAAUUUGCGAUGCGAGUGGACCGACAGUGCUGAGCGAGAAACAGAUUUCCGCGACGAAUUUAAUGAAGCCAAAGCCGCUGAAGAAAUUAUUGUGGAAGAAAAACUUAACCUUCCAUCCGUGAAUGAUGAUGAUGAUAUUGAGUACGUGCCACCCACGCUUCCGGCCGACCCUGCGGAGAUAGCUUUAGAAAAGAAGGAAAUGUUUGAAGGCUUAGUUCACACGUUUCCUGACCUUGUCAAGAUUCCAAAAGUCCCCACCCCAGAGGAGAUCAAGGCGCAGGAGGCCGCCAUGGUAGAGCAGGAAGAUGAUGUUUCAGACCAAAGUGAUGGAGAUGAAGAUUCUCGACUCUCGGAUCAUGUUGGAUUCGACGAGGAUGUCGAGGACUCUUCAGACAACCUCUCUCCAGAUGAUGCUGCCGAGGUGGCUGCAUUCAAGGACUUGUCCGCAAGACGAAGUUCGAUAAGUCGACACUUUGCUCUUAAGACAGCUCAAUCAGAAAUACCAUCACUAAUGGAAACUGAUGGGCCACAUUUGAAACAAUUUUGGGAGUUUAAUGCAAAGAUUACAAGGGGAAAGGAGGUCACUGAUAUUGCUCUCCAUCCAAGCAAUGGGAAUCUGAUUGCUGUGUCCUAUGGCACUUUUCAAUUUGGGAAAGAGUCCAGCGAAGGAUUGGUGUGCGUUUGGAACGCAAAAAAUAAUCGAAGUCCAGAAAGGACUUAUUUUCUAAAAUCACCUCCAACGACGCUCGCAUUUUCCGAAUUUUCGCCCUACAUUCUUGCAGUUGGGAUGUUGGAUGGAAAUAUUGUAAUGUAUGACGUGAGGGAAAGCGACCCUGCCAUAUUGUGGAGUACUUAUGCUCAAGAGGACAGACAUUUAGGACCGGUUUGGGUCAUUUACUGGUUGGUAGAAGAGGACAGUGCAAAUGAGCUAUCCGUCUCAGAGUCCAUGCUUUCCUUGGGGGAUGAUGGUUACUUGAAACGAUGGAGUAUGGCGAAAGGACUAGAAUCUGUCGAUGUAAUGAAGGUGAUGAGAUCUACGAUGCAAAUUCCUGGGCGGAGAGAAAAGAGAAACGAGUCCCUCAUCACCACACUGUCCACUGCGUAUACCGUUUGCUUCUUCUCGGACAAUACAGAGCUUUUUCUCCUGGGGACUGAAGAGGGAUUUAUCCACAAAUGUUCCACUGCUUACAAGGACCAGUACGUGUCCACGUAUGUUGGUCACACUGGUCCCGUGUACCGAAUCUGCUUCUCGGUUUUCGACGAGACAGUUUUUGUAAGUUGUGGUGGAGAUUGGACGAUUCGCAUUUGGAAAACGGAUCACCCGACACCAUUACUGUCCAUGAACACUGGACUUAGAACGAUUUUUGACGUGGCUUGCAGUCUUUAUUCUUCCACGAUAUUUAUUUGUUGUGCAGAAUUUCACAUUGAAGUUUGGGACCUUUCCAUCAAUACCUUGGAACCUGCGGUGCAACAACACCUGCAUAAUGAUUUGGGCUUGAGAAAAGUGGCUUUUAACGGCUCAUUAAAUAGUGUAAUCAUUGGAGACGAUGAUGGCGGUGUUCAUAUAUUUGGAUUGAGAAAAUUUCCAAAACCUCAAAUUGGACGAGGAGCUCAGAUUGACUCUUUGAUGGAAGCACUUCUUCCUGGGUACAAGAAACGUCAAAAGGAGACUUCUGCGGGUGAUGCCAGUACGUUGGGGUCGCAAAACCUGAAAAGCGUCAUGAAAAGUGGUGGUGCCAGUGCCAGUGCUUCGUCGGCUAAAGUCUCAGAUACGCACACAGACGAACAUGGAAGGACGAAAUCAACUCGAUCAGGAAUGGCAAAUUAAUUGAUUGCUAAUUUCAUAAAAUCAAAGAAUUUCAUAAAUUGAAUUAAAUAUGAUAAGCUUAGGAAAAUCUUUGUUUUUGAAUGAGACAAGUUAUCUAAUUUCUUAAUGUAAGUUUGACUACUCUCCUCCGUAUGCUACAUGGUGAACUAUAUGAACUCUGGAAGUUUGCAUGAACAUUUGAAUAAAUUGAGAUUACAUGGCUGCAUAAAACUAAAUUUGGAAGGAAUGGAAUUACCAUAUCAUAAUAUUCACUACGGUUUUUGAGAUUAACGAAACAUCGACUUUUCAAUAUUUUUAGUUGAACCCAAACCGUAUGGGGAAUUCUCAUCCAAAUUAAAGCUUUCUGUUUAUUCUAAUUUGAACUUUAUUUGGACAAGCACACUGUUGUCUGCAUGCACUUGAAUUUACAGAUAUGCUGAUGACAAUGAACGUCAAAAUGGUUUGGUUGGACUUCCCCAACCCAAGUUCCUAGAUUUAUUAUACCAUUUUAACGUCGGCAUGAGAUGCAUGUGUACACACAUACACACGUUACGCUAUUAAGGGCAUUUGUCCCUUUUGUGUCUGGAAAACCCCAGAGUUCAGUUUGAACUCGAUCACACAAUAGAAAGUGGAAUGACCGAAACAAACGACAAUUUCUUGAGCAGGUAUAAAAGAAGAGGAAACCUCGUUCUGUGACCACACUCACUUUUUCGUUCUUGAAAGCUCACAAAGUUUUUCAACAUCUUAAACUCAAAACUCCGAACAAACCUUAUCGUCAUUUCACAGAAAUGGAAUCCAGAACAAACGUUUGCUUCCUUCUCGUGGUCUGUCUCUUCACAUUCUCUGUUGCUUUGCCCCACCAACCGAUCGGAACUUCCCAAGUUAACAAUGAUGUUGAUCCGUCGGUGCCACUGUUGAGGGGGGCGAGACAGUACUACCCAGGAGGAGGUUACGGUGGAGGUUAUUAUCCUGGAGGCGGCAUUGGGGUCGGAAGCAGUCAGGCAAACGCUGCAGCUAUUUCCAGCUCCUCGUCCCUCGGCGGAGGUGGCGGAUUCGGAGGGUUCCCAGGCUCGGGAACAUCUUUCUCUGCUUCCCAGGCAGCUGCGAAUUCAUUUGGAUCAGGCUUUGGAGGAAAGUAAUCAUCUCACCAUUUGUGACAUCGGCGUGACAUCCGCGUCGUCCAGACCUGCCUUCCUCUGUCCCCGUAUUACAUAGAAUUAUUAUUUAAUCUUUCCGAGUUUAUUUUUCAAGUGGUGCUACUUACAAAUAUUUUAUUCAUUCUGAUCUUUACCUAUUUUGACGAUUUAUCUGCUGUAAUUCAGAUCAAAUAACUAAUGAGAAUCUUAUUAAAUGCUCAACAUAUCCUAUUCUUUGAAUGAAA